GACCUCCCGCAUUGCUUCAAACAAUUAACUGUCCGACGCAAAAGGUUUGUAACGGCAGACCUCAUCUGAUGGCCGUUGCAACAACAGCGACGUCGACUCACUUUACGCAACUGUUGAAGUCUCGCUCAUCAACAUUCUCUUUCAGGUACAAUUGUCUAUGCUGCUCUUCUACUGAUUCAAAUUCACCCCGUGGUUUCGGCAACACGAACAAGGGCAAGAAUUCUGCAACCGCCAGAAAGCAGGCCAAGGGUACAGUGCCUCCCCGAAGGAAUUCAUCCACCCCACAGUCUGACGACCUCCUUAAUCAAGCUCCUCGUUUGAAAUCUACGAAUGAAGUCAGAAAGGUAGAAAGUGUGGGGUCAGAUCUGCAGUUUGAGGAACGGCUGCAAGCAGUAAAAAGGUUGGCGCUUCAGCAGAAAAAAACAGAGGAAGCGAAAGCAUAUGGAGCGAUUGACUAUGAUGCUCCGGUUGAGUCCAGAAGUACUACAAUCGGACUGGGUACCAAGAUUGGAGUUGGAGCAGCUGUUAUUGUAUUUGGUCUCGUGUUUGCACUUGGUGACUUUCUUCCCUCUGGAAGUGUUAAUCCCACUGAGGAGAUUGCCAUCACGGGUAAGAGAAUUGCUGAAGAUGAGAGAGCUAACCUCCUGAAGACGCUUCAACAAUUUGAGGCUAUACUGGCUUCAUCACCAGAGGAUCCCAUCUCCCUUGAAGGAGCUGCUGUGACCUUAGCAGAACUGGGAGAGUACAGUCGAGCCUCUUCCCUUCUUGAGGAAUUGAUCAAGAAAAAACCAAGUGACCCUGAUGUUUACCGUUUUCUUGGAGGAGUCAAAUAUGGACUGAAGGAUUAUGAAGGAAGCGCUGCUGCUUUUAGAAUGUCUGCCACGGUGUCUGGAACUAUUGAUUUUGAAGUUCUUCGUGGCCUUACAAAUGCACUGAUUGCCGCGAAGAAGCCAGAUGAGGCUGUUCAAAUGCUUUUGGCAUCGCGCAAAAGUCUGAAAGAUGAAAAAACAAGUGGUAGCAAUGAUGAAACCCAGAACAGUUCUCUGAAAUCAAAGUCAGAGGUAGAACCAAUUCAAGUUGACCUGCUUCUUGGAAAAGCAUACUCAGAAUGGGGCCAUGUCAGUGAUGCUGUAUCUGUGUAUAAUCAACUCAUUUCUACCUAUCCUGACGACUUCAGGGGUUAUUUAGCGAAGGUUCUUUCCAUCUGGGUAUCAUUUUGAAAGAGAACGGAAAUGUUGGUGAUGCGGAGCGGAUGUUUAUACAAACGGUAAUGAUAGUAGCUUGUACCUGAACUGGUGGCUUACUUUUUCUAAGUAAUGGGGAAGAGGACCGAAACGUGCCACUGAAAGACUCUACUGAGACAAAGAUGGGCUGUCAAGAACGUAGAGGAGGUAGGAUGGGCAGCUGGUCAGAUCUAGUACAUUAGGUGGAUACAAAUCGAUCUCACAAAAAAAAUCAAUUCGAUCAUCAAUAGGAUCAGCUGGUGUAUCUACUCUCUCAACAAUGACAUUAUCAAUAUGUGGUACAGAAUCUUUAAGCUCGCAUAAAGACAAGCCAUCACUUGCACUUUGUUCAUAGACAAUUCUGAAGUAUUAAGUUUCGCUAUUUUACAUUGAAACUCACAAGAAAGGUCUUCUUACCUUGAAAUGACACUCCCGUCAUAAUGUUGGAACACUCGGAAUUGCAUUUAUCACAUCUUCAAGGGUAGGCUUCUUGUUGGGAACUUGUGUUUCAUCAUUCGUCAUGUUUGCAAGAAUCCUUACAAAGAGAAGGGCAAAGAAAAAGAUUAGAUUCCUUUUUCCACUCUUAGGUUGCACUUUACACUCUCUUACUCCUCUCAAAUUUACUUUUGUCUCUCAUCUUUAUGGGGCUUGGAGUAAGUGCCCAAAUUUCCUUUACGGAUAUUAGAAACACUAGAUGGAAAGAGAGGUUUUUCCCAUUGGUCCACGACUUUCUCGAACCAUUUGCUUUUCUUAAGAAUUUGCUCUUAAAAUUUAGAUUUAUUUGACAGGCAAGAUUCUUUGCACCAGAGAAGGCUAAGGCGCUUGUUGAUAAGUAUU